AUAUAAAAAGAAAAAGAAUUAGAGAGAAGGAGAUAACUUAAUUCCGAGUUUCUGACUCCUCCGUUCUUCAGAGGCGUUACUUAGAAGAACGAAGAGUAAUUUCCGUAUAAUAAAACCCAUCUCAUCUUUAAUAAUCCGAGAAAAGACACGUGAUUCUGUGAUGACGGAGAUGGAGACCACCGAAACGAACUGGAACGUUGCUUCGUCUUCCGUUUCCGUCGCCAACUGCGUCACCUUCGAAUCCUCACUCUCUCUGUUAAACGACGAUAAUCACCAACAAGCUUCUUCAUCUCCACUUCUUCUCCGCUCACCUUCUCCCGAUUCCUCUCCUUGCGAGAUCAAGAUUUGUUUUAAUACGAAACAUGAACUCAGACAAGUCUAUGUUCGUAGUACGGCUCGGGUGUAUGAGAUUUACACUGCAUCUGAUCUGCAGAGCAGCAAUGAGUAUCUCUGUACGGUUCGCUGCGGUGUUGCGUCUAGAGAUGGUGAAGUUCUUCGUGCUCCUAAUGUUCCACAUGUCGAUGGUUCUCGCAGAGAGUCGAGUGAGGAAAAUAUAAAAAGUGAAGAUGACUGGGUUGAAGUGAAGAUCCCUGAAUGCACCAACUCAACUGAAAUCAGUCAGAACUUUUGGGCUGUCUCUUGAAACAUGAAGCUGAUGGCAUCAUACCAAAUCUUAGAUUGAUUUCUUUUUUAUUGUUCGAUGUUCUUUUCCUGUUCGCAGGACCUUUUUGAGGCUACAGCUGAGCUUAAUGAUGUCAGUCCUUGCAUUUCUGUUACACUUCGUUUGCUCUCACUUCAGAGUAAAGGCUGCAUUUAUGUUGAUGAGAUUUAUAUAUUUGGUGAUCCUGAUGAUUCAACUGAUUCAGAAAGCCAAGAGAGCCGUAAUGGAAACUCAUCCAGCGGUUCUCUUAUGGCUAUGUUUCUUCCAACUAUAAUGCAAUUAUCUAAGACAUCAGGUCUCGGCCAUCUAAAUGCUGUCAAGAAGGAAAAACAAUCUUUUUCAGCAGAUGAUUUGGAAGAAACCCAGCCACGUGAUUCAGUAACCAAAACUCAACUGAAGGGAAAAGCUAGCAUAGCUGGUCCUCAAGAAGUGAAGUUGAAAGAGGUGAAUGGUGGUUGGGUGGUUCCAUCCUUGCCAUGCACAUCCUCUCAAGUCUCUAAACUGGAUAGUGACUGUACUGCUGUACCCUCACAAGCUGAUACAGUGGAUAGUACUAAUUGUGUUGCCCCCUCUGAGGUUGCUCCUGCCAAGAGCAAUCAUGGUGGUUCUCUUGGUGGCAAUAUUGAAAGGGCCUUUGAACAGCUUGUAUCACGAAUGGACAGGAUUGAACAAAUCUGUCUGGGGUUUCAGGAGAAAAUGGUAUUGCCCAUGAGCAGCAUUGAGGCAAGACUCCAGAAAGUUGAGCAGCAACUUGAUACCCUGACCAAGAAAUUGCAAAAUCCUGGAUCAUCAUCCUGUGGAAGGUGUGCUCCUGAAGGCUCUUUCAUUGAAUCAGAUGCUAUUGAUUAUGCUUUCACUAGGGAAAAUGAACCAGAGAAGAGAGAAUUAGUUACAGAAGUGCAUAUCUCUGAUUCAGCAAAUACUAGUCAAAUGCUCCCAGGUCUUAUAGUUACGGCUCCCGAGUUUCCUGAUGGUGAGGAUGAAGAAGAUAAUGCAUCAGGGCAAAAAACGGGUUCUUCAUGUGUUGAAGUAAAGCGAUCAAUUGACGAUGCUUUAUCUUCUGCGUUAGCUAAUUUUUUAUCCACAGGCUCUUCAAAGUCUCCAAAGUAUACUAAAAGUUUAACAGUCAAAGCCCCUGAUUUUUCUAGUGAAGAUGAGGAUGAUCGUGAGAGUAAUAACGAGACAGCGAAUAAUGAAUCAGCUCAUCCUGUGGACUGUGAGAAGAUUAAUCACAUCCAAGUGCUGACAUCAUCCAAUAUUUCUCUGGAAAAUGGAGCACAGGUAGAUGAGGAUUCUAAAGAUGAACACACUGAAGAAUGUGGUCAAUCUUGUAGUAUGGCAGGAGAUCAAGAAGUAUCUGUUACAACCAGUUCUGUAGCUGAUCAUAAUCCAAAGAUAGGUUUAACUAACAACUUUGAAGAUGGUCAAAGCAGAGAACUCAGUGUUUAUAAAACCGAUGAUUUGUUCAACAGUGGAAAUGAAACCUCGAAUGAGUUGCUUGGCAAUCAGACUGCAAGUGGUUUAACUAGCAUUGCUCAGGAAGGAUCACUUGCAACAGUUGCAACAGAAGUUGGGAAAAAACCUUCCCAUGAAGACAUUAUAGAGAAUGUUCUUGGAUUUUCAAUUGCUUCCUCUGCAGUAGAUUUUGAAACCUCACUCCUGGAUGUGAAAUUCAUUUCACAGAGAAGUCCUGUCACUGACCCUUUGCUAGAAGCUCUUCUUGUUGACACACCGGAAACAAACUCCCAAGACUCUUCUGGAAAGGAAACCAGUGAUCAUCUGGCCCAUAAGGAACAAGAGAAGACCGAUGGCAUUCUUUCACUUGAGGAGCACUCUAACUUGGUUUCAGUAGAUGAUGAGGAAGCAGUGAAUCCCACUGGCACUAGCGAUGCUGCUGCGGAAAAAGACUACUCUACUCUGAUGACUGGGCCUGUUAACAGAGAGGACGAUAAUGUGCCCGGGGAUCAUAAACGCAAGCUUGAUGAAAUAUCUGCCUCGAGUCUGAUAUGAAGCUCGUUCGUCCUGUUUAUGAACUUUGGAUUUUAAUCUACAUCAUAUUUGAUGAUUCAUGUUUUUGCUUUUGCCAGUGCCCUAAACGUUGAAGAGUCAAUAGGAGUUGCUAAGUAGAACCAUCAAACAUGUUUGGCCAGCUGUUAUGUUUAUAUGGCGUGGUUGUAGGUUUGAAUGUGUACAGAAGCAGUACGAAUUAAGUUUCAAGUUUCAAUUGUAAAUAGCCAAUCACACUUAGGUUCAUCAAGCAGGAGAAUGAUUUGGAUCCAAAGGUGAUUUAUAUUUUUUUUUAUGCAUCGUUUGAAAUUAUAGAUCGGUAUUAAAUAAUCAGAAGACCUUUGUUGGUAUGUGUGUCGUUGACGUAUAAUGUUCGUAUAAAAAUUCUUGACGCCA